UUAAAUACACUCUACACAUGUAAAUAGAACAUUCAAGUUUACAAAAACUGUCAAAAAUUUAGAAGUCUUGAUUUUGUAUGGAUAAGAAAACUUCGUUUGUUACUUGCCCGAGGGACGAUAUGGACAUUUACAUGUUUAGGGAAACUGGGUUUUAAGGUUAUAAUUUCUUAUUAUACGUGAGUGUACACAUGGAUCAGACAUGGGCGGAAAACUUAAUAUCGAUGAUAUUUUGUUCAUAACCAGAGCUGUUUCCGUUGCUUAUGGGUUGUCAGCCGUGGCAUGCACGGGGGCAGGGAUAUUUACACUAUGGUACGCCGCACCGGACAUUAAAUUCCCGUUCUCGUCUGCUUCCGGUGUUUGGACGGGAAUCUUUUCGUUUGUAAUAUUUGUGCUGGGCAAUAAAACUGUGAAAGGGUACAAUAUAGACUACCCAUCUUCAUCAAAAAGAAAAGUCAUUGCAUUUUACACAUUUGUCAUCAUGGACAUCACGUUUGGAAUUCUCCACGUGACUUUCUCCGCUCAAGGAUUUUCAUACUGUAACACGGAGAUGAGAAUUGGAGGACUAUAUUGUAACGCAGAGGAGCGACCUAGACUUCUACUUAUGGAGGGCUUCAAUAUUGCGUUUGGAGUAAUCAUAACAUUGUUGUCAGUGGCUGUGACCAUUUAUUUGUCUUUGAGAAGAAAGAUAAAUAUUUUGGCAGGAAUUCCGACGGAUUCACGCUCUGUUUCAGAUUAUGUAACACCAUGACCGGAUGUUACUACAAAAUGGGAAUACCAUCUUUAAAGUUUUCAUCUGGCAACAAACAAUGGAUGCUUGAAAUAAGUCGAGAAAAGUGCCAAAAAUAUUGUUUACCAUUUUUCGAAUUGUUUAGUCUUAAUGUUUUAUUGACCAUCUCUAGGAACAAAGUUUUGUGCAUUGGUGAAAUUACUCAUUCUCAUUUUUGAAAAAUAUCACGUGCAAGCCAAAGUUUGAAGAAAAAACAGGACGGAGUUUUAUUCCAUCCAUGUUUAUCAAACGGUUUUGACCAGAGUUUUGUUUGACCGUUGAAACUGUUUUUUAAAGCCCGAUUGACACUCUCAAAUAUCCAUGAAGCCUUGACAUAACUUUUGAACAAUUUUGACAGUUUCAACGGUCAAUGAAAACUUUUUUAAAAAAAAUCUGUGAUAAACUUGGCUGGAAAAGAUUUUUUUGGUUAGUCUAUAUAGUUAAACAGCUUUAUAUUAACAAGGUGAAAGCCCAAAGGGAAAGCCAAGCAUAGUCGGACGUACGUGACUCAUAUUGUUGUGUGAUUCGCUUAAAAACGAAUUAAAUUUCAUGGCUACUGCGUUACUAUGAA